AUGAGCCCAGGCAGGCUGCUGGCAUCCCCACCCACCUGCGUCACGCACCAGGCAGCCAGGGAGCAGCCAGUGCAGGCCUUUGGCGCCUUCUCUGCCAGCACCAUUCGCUGCAGCAACAGCUUCUAUGGGACCGGGGAGACCUUCCUCUUCUCCUUCUCCCCAGUGCUGAAGGUGUUCAGGUGGACGGGCAGGAACAACUUCUUCAUGAAAGGGGAUGUGGACCUGCUGAUGAUCGGAGGGGGCAGUGGUAGAUUCGGGCUGUGGCUGGACGGAGACCUGCACCAUGGGGGCAGCCACCCCUGUGAGACCUUUGACAACGAGACCCUCUCGCCCCGGGAAGAGUUCUGCGUCCAGGACCUGGAACUGUGGGGCCUGGCCUGA